GUUUUUCUUAGCAUUUUCAUAACUAGAAUUAAAAAUAGUGGAAAGUAGAUAAUGAAAUUUAUUUCACAUUUGAAAGAUAUUAUGAAGUACAGCAUACAAUACAUGUGUGUUACCCAUUGCUUUUUCGAAUAUGUUGGCGAUUUUGUUGUGUGCAAUGGUCCAUCGAUGGAACCCACACUACACUCAAAUAAUAUACUGCUGACAGAGCGAAUUACCACACGGUUCCAUAAACCCAAUCGUGGUGACAUUAUUAUAGCUGUAUCUCCUACAAAUCCAGAGCAAUAUAUAUGUAAACGGGUUAUAGGCCUGCCUGGUGAUAAGGUCAUAGCCGACAAUCUACCUCAGAAUGAAGAGAGUGAAGCACUUAACAAGUCAUCUGCCGAUAAAUAUACACCUACCUUCAAUGGUGACUACGUUCCAAAGGGAUUCGUAUGGAUUGAGGGUGACAAUCAGUCCAAUAGUGCAGAUUCCCGUUACUAUGGUCCUAUACCAUUAGGUCUUGUAAGAAGUAGAGCAAUUUGUAGAAUAUGGCCUUUGAGUGAGGCAAAAGUUUUAUGAAAGGCGUAGGUGAAGAAAAUGGAAAUAUGUAUGAGAAAAUAGAAGACGCUAAUUAUAUAUGUUUUUGUUUUUUUAAAUUGUCACAAGACAAAGUAGUCAGUACCACAAUACAACGGAACUGAAGUAUGCCCUAAUUUAUAUUAUCCAUAGUAUAUGAAGUGGGCUGAAAGCAUACCAUCGCACUGUUCCGACCUGUUUCAUAGUUUUCUUGUUUACUUCAUUAAUUAGUAGUAGUCAGACUCUUUAAUUAUCUUAAAUUUCUGUAAGUGAAACACUUACAAACCAAUUUAUAUAACAAAUUUUUUUUGUAGGUAAAAUUACUUUAAUAAAUAAAUAGCUGAAAAUAGCAGGAAA